UGAGCACAUGUUGGAAUCGGGUUUUAUUCCCUCUAUAUUUUAAAUUACCGAUAAGCAGGAACCAUUGAAGGGCGACCUUCACCUUGCUGGAGUUUGAUGGAUUUUUUACAUUAUGGUUAUGGUUAGGAAUGGGGCCCAGGAUAGCAGGGCUAGACGGAUUUAUUACAGGGUUGGGCAACCGACUGAAAAGAGAACAGCCGCGCAAGCUUGUAUAUGAGGAUACUAUUCUUAUUUUUAUUCUUGGACUAUGUCGAGAUUGUGCAAGCCGUACUCUCGAAUCUCGUCUUUGUUUUUUUUUUUCUUUCGCUCUUUACGUGUCAAUCUUUUGCUAUUGGCAAGUCUGUUCUAUAGCUUUUGUUUCAUAUCGUGUAUACAGCAUUGCAUAUGUCUUGUCGAUACUAUUUUACUUGUUCCUUGACUUGACGCAGACAAGCCAUCUUUAUUUAUUCAGUGCUUGAUUAGUCAUUUGAUAUACCAAUCUGGAUUACAUAUGUCAACUACUCGAGAUACAGUUCUAUGUC